ACUACGUAUUUUCUCUCUUCCUCAUUCCUCUGCCAUCUCUACUUUCGUAAAUAUUUUCUUGAUUUUCCCUCAAUUCUGACCGCGCGUGAGGCUAAACUGCACCUGACCAGUCCUUCCGUUGGUGAGCUUCCUUUUCCUCCCCAACUGCUGAUACUGACUAAGCUCCCUGUGCUGGUUCUCUUGCUGUCCAUCCAAAGACCAUCCUUGACAUCACAUCACCACCUCAUCAACCACCUUCCCCAACCCUCUUAGCCUUCAUCCUCCAUCAUCUCUUCGUUUUUGUGUCUUCCUUGUUGUCAUCUGUGCUCUUCUUGUCCUCGCGAGUCUGUUUCUUAGUCUCCUUGGACUCUCUGCCUUCCAUUCACCCCUUCCUCUGUUUCCGGUGCCGCGGUCCUCAUUCUGCUCAGCCAAGCUUCCAGCUGGACUCCAGACAAGAAAGAUGCCGGCCGAGAGGCGCUCUUUGAGAUCAAACAGCAAGUCAGAUACCUCUUCAUCUACUAACGGUGAGAAGGCCCGUUCUACCUCCCAGAGUUCUAGCUCCACCAAGGAUAAGCCGGCGCCUACUCGCGCUGCUGCCAACAAGGCCAAGUCUACAAAGGCUGCUUCUUCAAACAGCACUUCAAACUCCGGAAUGGGUGAACAGCGGGAACAGCCGCACACCAACGGCUCAGAUCCGACGGAGAAUGGCGUGAAUGGCUCUGAAGAUGUCGAGAUGGGAGAGGAUACGGCAGGUGGGCCUACAUCCUCAUUCAACGCCAACAAGGAUCGAAAAGGUGACGAGAAAAUGACUGUUGUAGUGCCCCCUACUAAGGGUUCGAGGAUAUCCGGCGAAAAUCCCCAGGACCAGGAAGGUGAUGUGGCGAUGGACGGUGCCGACGGCGAUGAUUCCCAGAAGCCUCAGUCAGAGGUCGUCGACCCCAAGGACAAGGCCAUCCAAGAUAUCAAGAUCAAUUUCACCCUUCUCGAACGAGCCGUCGCCCAUUUCGACCCCAGAUUCACCCUCCGCGUCCUGAGAUCGAUAUCAUCAAUGCGCAAACAGAUCACAUCCGACGUGAUUGCCGAGGUCGUCACUGAGACCUACCCACAGUCGAGUGCUGCCGCGUCCUUCUUGCUCAGUGCGGUCGAUCAAGCCGAUGCUUUCGAUAAAACUGCGGCCAGCUCCAAGAUGGAGGUCGAUACGGAGAAGAAGUCUUCUAAGGAGGUUCUGCCUGAGAUUGACACUUAUUUGUCUAUUCUGGUUCAGAUUUACCUCUACGACAGAAAGGAGAUCCAGAAGGGGGCCAAGUUUUCAACAAGCUUGAUUGAGCGCCUUCGCACUCAAAACCGCCGUACCCUGGACUCUCUUGCUGCCCGUGUGUACUUCUAUUAUUCCCUUUUCUUUGAGCAAAUCGCUCCUCUCCCUCCAUCUCCCGCGGCAACAGUCACUACCAUCCGUCAGCCUCUGCUGGCAGCCCUUAGAACCGCGGUUCUGCGGAAGGAUGUCGAUACUCAAGCUACUGUCAUGACACUCCUCCUGCGCAACUACUUGUCUACCUCUCAUAUCUCCCAGGCCGAUCUGCUGAUCUCGCACAAUCGUUUCCCUGCAUCUGCAUCCAAUAACCAGAUCGCUCGCUACCUCUAUUAUCUUGGUCGUAUCCGUGCUAUCCAAUUGCAGUACACUGAUGCUCACGGACAUUUGAUUGGUGCCACUCGGAAAUCACCCUCAAGCCACAGUGCGCGUGGCUUCUACCAGGCGUCCCACAAGCUGCUGGUUGUCGUCGAGCUUCUAAUGGGAGAUAUUCCCGACCGUGCUAUCUUCCGACAGCCUACUCUGGAACGUUCUAUGCACCCUUACUUCCUGCUUGUCCAAGCUGUUAGCGUUGGUGAUCUGGAUGGAUUUUUGAACAUUGUAAAUACACACAGUGCGACGUUCCGGAAGGAUGGCACAUACACUCUGAUCCUGCGCCUGCGACAAAAUGUGAUCAAGACAGGCAUCCGCAUGAUGUCUCUUUCUUACUCUCGCAUUUCUCUUCGGGAUAUCUGUCUUCGUUUGGGUCUAGACAGUGAAGAGUCUGCUGAAUACAUUGUUGCGAAAGCCAUUCGGGACGGUGUUAUUGAGGCGACCCUGGAUCACGAACGAGGAUUCAUGAAGAGCAAGGAGGUUGGUGAUAUAUAUGCUACGAGGGAGCCUGGCGAGGUUUUCCAUGAGCGUAUCAGGGCAUGCUUGAGUCUCCAUGACGAGAGUGUCAAGGCCAUGAGAUUUCCGAUGAACCAGCACCGUCUUGAAUUGAAGAGCGCCCAGGAGGCAAGGGAACGCGAGCGGGAGCUAGCCAAGGAAAUUCAAUAUGGGGACCUGAGCAUGAAAGCUCGCCCCGUUCCAGCCCGGAGGCUGGUUCUGCCCUCGCCGGUGACUCCCAAGACGCCUGCGAUAUGCUGGCAAUGCCUUCGCGACGACCUUCUCUUGGACCGGAUCCAAUGUCAAACACGCAAAUACCAUCCUACUAGACGGAAAGAUGUCUCUCCCUUUGGCGCCGCUGUUUCUGCUGCUCAGACCCUUUUCAAGGGCUUACCCAAAGCUCCCCCAGGAAUUUCGGUCGACCCGUUGAGAAUGGUGGGAAAGGAGCUCAAAUUUCUGACCAAGAAUAUUCGCCAACUGCUUGGAUCGGGUCAUCCGACGCUGGACAAGGUGGCAAAGUACUAUACUCGAAGUGAGGGCAAACAUAUGCGUCCCCUUCUGGUGCUGCUCAUGUCCCAGGCCACGGCGUUGACUCCCCGGCAGGGUCGCGCCGCCCCUACUGGAUCGGUGCCCGUGAAUGACCCCAUUAGCUCGCCUUCGAUUCUUGCCGAUACUAAUCCAGACCUGCACCCUAUCACGUCGUCAUCUGCCGAAGCUAAAUACGACUUCGUCGGCGACGAGAACAUUCUUCCUUCCCAGCGUCGACUGGCCGAAAUCACUGAGCUGAUUCACACCGCCUCUCUCCUCCACGACGAUGUCAUCGAUAAUGCCGUGACUCGCCGAUCGUUCAACUCUGCUAAUAUUCAGUUUGGAAACAAAAUGGCGGUUUUGGCAGGGGACUUUCUACUGGGACGUGCUUCUGUGGCAUUGGCGCGUCUGCGUGAUCCCGAGGUUACGGAACUGUUGGCCACUGUGAUUGCUAACCUGGUGGAAGGAGAGUUCAUGCAGUUGAAGAACACUGCCGAGGAUGAAAAGAACCCGGUCUUUACGGACGAGACCAUCUCUUAUUACCUGCAGAAGACGUAUUUGAAAACCGCCAGUUUGAUCAGCAAAUCGUGCCGGGCAGCUGCCCUGCUUGGAAAUAGCACCCCCGAGGUUGUCGAGUCUGCUUACUCCUAUGGCCGUAACUUGGGACUCGCCUUCCAGCUGGUGGAUGAUAUGCUGGAUUACACAGUCAGCGGGGUGGAGCUGGGCAAACCUGCUGGCGCGGACUUGGAGUUGGGUCUUGCGACAGCUCCGCUUCUGUUUGCCUGGAAACAGAAUCCUGAGCUAGGACCGUUGGUUGGACGGAAGUUCAGCAAGGAAGGAGACGUGCAGAAGGCCCGUGAAUUGGUGUACCGGAGCAAUGGUGUUGAACAGACUCGUGCUCUGGCUCAGGAAUACGCAGAUAAAGCGGUGGCUGCUCUUAGUAGCUUCCCCGACAGUGAGGCAAAGACGGGACUGAUCCAGAUGUGCGAGAAGGCGAUGAAUCGGAGAAAGUAGAACAUGACUCGCCUCUUCUUCCCUUCAUAUUGAAAUCCAGACGACUCUGCUCCCUUGAUAGAUUCGUGGCCAUUCAUGAUCCUUGAUUCGAUGUUUCGAGAGGAUGUAUCCACGACGGUCGAGCCCACACACUACCAGACAUUGCGACAAUGUCUAUGUACAAGUAUUUCUUUGUUUGUAUUAUUCGCCAAUGUACGUUUUAUUAUUAUUAUUAUUAUUGCCUAGAUGUUUUUUUGUCUUUGUUCUAUACAUAUGCAGGAACGGGUAGGAGUAAUGCCUGAGGGUGGGGGAUGGAUGACAUCCUGGGUUUAUUAUAUAUAGAAGUCAUCAGAUAC